AAUAUUUUGGGGGCCAAAGCAAGAGCUUCACUUGCCUUACCCUAGAGCGGCCUUGUCUUUUUUGCAAUCUAGUCUCAGUCAUGCUCGCCGCUAGACUUUUCGGGAGAACAUUCUUGGCGGCGGCAAAAUCAGAGAGUUCAGCCGCUGCAGCUGCUGCUUCUUCUGCUACUUCUAGAACCCUUAAUCCACUCGAGCAGUUCUUUGAAGUUGAUAGAACCCCAGAGGACGAUAAGCCUGUUGUCUAUGGUCGCGGUUGGAAGGCUUCUGAACUGCGUCUGAAGUCUUGGGAUGAUCUUCAGAAGCUAUGGUAUGUUCUUAUGAAGGAGAAAAACAUGUUGAUGACUCAACGCCAGAUGCUUAAUGCUCAGAACCUGCGAUUUCCUAAUCCAGAGCGUAUUUCCAAGGUAAGGAAGUCGAUGUGCCGAAUCAAGCAUGUGCUUACUGAGAGAGCAAUUGAUGAAGCAGAUCCAAGGAGGUCCACUGAGAUGAAGAGGAUGAUAAAUGCUCUAUAAGUUCCAUACACUCAUUGGUAGUAGUGUUGAUAUGCCUUCAUAACGGGUAUUUGGAUCUCUUCUCUUCAAUUAGCGCCACAUGUAGGAAAGUCAUUAGUUUGUGUUUAGUUCAUAAACAGACAUAUUUCAGUCGGUCUACACAAUUGUCUGGACAUCCAUGAUGCCAAACUCUGUGAACUAGUUCACUAGGAUGUGAUGGAGAUGGCAAUUUUGUUUAAAAGAUUUGAAGUGCCGAAAAUAGAGAAAGGCCAAAAUCUCUGUAUGUGCGCGCGCAUGUGUGUGUUGGUCAGUUGAUACAUGCUUGUGAGUUUUACUGCGACUCUAGUUAACAGAGGUACCUUAUUUAGUUUGGUAAGGUACAAGUGAAAAAGUUAUUGCUGUAAUAAAAGGGUGGGGAAGACACGCUUCGGGAGCCGCUCUGACUGAUAUUUACUUCAUCCAUUGCACAUC